ACCGUUCGAGUCAGAUAGUGAAUCACGAUGCCGCAUUCCUUGCUUCUGGUCUCAGCCCUGAUUCUUCUCAUUGCGCUCGGAGGAGCGCGGCCAGCUCCGAAUCCUGGAUCCCACGAUGAAACUGGAACUUCUAACUACGCUGCUGUUCCUGACUCCCCGGAUCCGAUCACUUCUCUCGGCGGAGAAGAGAGCACCGGUGAGAUCAUCCUGAACGCGACCGCAGAAGAUGAGGACUUGGUGCUCCAGCGAACUUUCUCAUUCGGCAAAUCUCGGUGCGCCUUGAAAGUGAUUUGCUACUUCAGUACUCAAGGAGAGCUUCGAGAGACCUACGCGGGCAGCCUAUAUCGACAUUUCCACAAUGUUUGGGACUACUUUCUCGGUGAGAACGAAACUCCGGGGCUGACGCGGACACAUGGUCAUCAAGGAUGUAUUUUGAGUUACAAUUCCUGCCCGAUGAACAUUGUCAAUGCAGUACAACUGGCUAUGAACCUGCAACGAUCUGAUGAAGAAGCUAGAGGAAUAAUUCCAGCAGAAUAA